GUGACGACAAGGUGCUCACGUCACCGAGGCAACAACGCGGAAGCGGAGAAAGAGACUCCACGUCAUUUUAGGUGCACUAUUGCGACCAAACCAUGGGGUUUGCUGUAGGGAGACUGACAUGUAAUUGAAACUGCCAACCCCUGAGCCAUAAUAGUGUUUGGCCGCGCAGGCAAACAGAAAAGCGACGGAUUCCGGAACCUCGUUUCUUCAGAUUUAGUUAGAUUUGGUGCUUAUCUCUGAUGGGUGAAUCAGGGCCACGCAGAUCCACCCUGGUCUCCAGGUUGCCCAUCUUCAGGCGCAGCGCAAGGAAGAAGCAGGACUCCCUGCCGUCCUCUCCCUCCUCCGGUGGUGUAGGCAAUGGUGUGCACACUUCUUCUCCCUCAAGCACCAACUCGAGCUCCAGCAGCACUGGAAAGCGGCGCAGCCUUUUUCGAACACCAUCUAUCAGCUUUCAUAGCAAGAGGAACAGUGAGUCACGAGCUGAUUCCAACCAGUUCAGUGCAGACAAUCGGAGUCGGCUGUCUGAACCGAGCUUCAAUGACAGUUGCAACAAGACACGACACUCGUUUGGUUUUGGCGGACACAAGAAGAAGCUCAGCCGCUCCCAGACAGAGGACUUUGAGAAAACCCCCACAAACCGCAAUGUUUUCAUCAACUGCAUUAGCUCACGGACGAAUGAAGCAGACGAUUCAGGUUUCCUGGAUGAUGUCAGCAGCAAGAGAUCUUCCAAAUCAAAAAAGCUGCUGCCCAAGUCUUUUUCGGCCCACCAUCGGUUUUCCAAGAACUACUCGAACCAGGUUGAACAGAAUCAAGGCAAGGAUGAUGCUCCCAAGACAGGAACUCCAGGUUCCUGGCCUGGCGAACUUGCAGACUCUCUACAAUCUCCCAUAGUUUCUGAGGACCGGACAACAGCCAUUACCCCCUCAGACUUUGUCCAUGUCACCGAGGACACAGUCUCUGAAGUGGAUGCCCUGCCUGUUCCGAGUCCAGCUGAAGUCCCACCUGAGAAUAUGAGCCAAGGUGUUUCUACCUCACAGACAUGCGCCAAACCAGAUCAGAGUACUGUAGAGAAGCCUAUACUGCCAGAUAUGAACCAAACUGCUGAUACAAAGUGUGAGAGUACCACUGUCCAAACAGAACCAGAAACACAGAAUAAAGCAGUGGAACAGCACCAGAAUCCAAACGAGACCAGUGAAAACGAACUGAACCCAGAGCCGAGCGAGGAGGAGGGCAGCUCCAAUGCAGAACCCAGAGGAAGAACACACCGAAAUACUGUGCUGGUUCAGCAGCUAGGAAAAUCAGCAGGCCUUGGCAAACUGGAGAGCAGGCCAAGCUAUCUGAGGAAACCUCACACAGUGUCCAUGUGCAGUAGUAUGAGCCCACGCCGUGAGGUUAUACGUUUGGAGCGGAGGCUGCGCUCAGCUUCAGAGGGAGCUGGAGGACCAAAUCUUCAUCUCAACCUUAAAGAGCAUACCUGCAUGGAGGCCAGCAUGCUUGCAAAACACAGAACCAACUCCUCGUCCUCCAAACUGGGCAGUCUGGAUUUUUUGAACAAUCUCGGCUCAUCAGAGCUAGAUGAGGACGAUCUAAUGCUGGACCUGGAGCUCUCCGAUGACCAGAGACAUCGACAUGCUUCUCAGGAAGACUCGUGCCAAUCUCUUGCCUCCUGUCUGAAUCUGCUGCCAUCCCCACUGGAACUGCCUACAGACCAGAACACUGCCAAGGAGUGCAGAGAGAACAACAGGGAGUCACGACCGGUGUCUCUCUUUGUGCCCUGUGAUGAUGAGCUGUUCCCUGGGUUGGAGACGUUACCCUUCAGGCUGAUGCAGCAGGACUGCACGGCCAUGAAAACGCUCCUGCUGCGACUUCGCAGGCUUUUGCAGGAGAGCACUGAGCCCAGCCCUGCCAGCAGCCUUCACUCUUUACCCAUAAGCCCUUGCAGCGAGAAGUCUCCAGCUUUCAAGGAUCCAGGGCGAGAUGAGAGCCACUCCCUGCAGCAGCAGCUGAAAGAGAGAGAUGAGUUGAUCCUGCUUCUACAGACUGAGCUGGAAGCUGCCCGUUCUGCUCAGAGACCCCUGUGCCAAAAAACUGACAAAACAACACAGACGGAUCCUCCAGCCCCAGAGGCUGUCCAUCCAAGUCGAGCCAUAGGCAAUAGCAGCAGCAGUCUUCCAAGGGAGCGAAGGUCAGCCCGACUGUCCAGUUUGGGAGAAGAGCGUCAUAGUGGAGGAACAGGCAUUCGAGAUCCUGCUGCACUACAGAGGAGGUCCGAACAGACAUACUCAUCAUCUUCUGAGGCAACUACACCGCGAAAGCUAGACCAUCCGGGGCCCUCUCAGAUCCCUCGUGCCGUAGUGAGUGGCAGCACUUGCAGCCUGUCCUCAGACAGCGAGAGACUCACCAUGGCAAGGCCACACUCCUCAUUCAGCGGUCGUCUGGGCCAGCCGCCACGCGGGCCGCUCUCUCUGCACAUGUACAGCCGCAAGAACGUCUUCCUCCAGCACUCGCUCUACACGACUGAGUUGCAGGCUCUUGGCCAGCAGGAUGCAUGAAAACAGACACACACACAUACAUACACACACACACACAAACUACAAACACACUUUAAAUUAGACUUCUGCACUAAUCAUCAAUCCCUCUGCCUCAGCAGCUGUUUGACCUCUGGCUGGUUUGGACAGAGCCCCAAUCUAGCUUCUGCAGCUAUCUUAAAAAUGCCAUCAAUCCUCUAUUGACCCCGCUUGACCUGCACAAGUAGACUUCAUUACGCAGUUGUGUGACAAGGGCAGUAUGGCAGAAUAGUGGGUCUGACACCAGUUCACUGACUCACUGCUUACUGCUGAAAGACUGACAUGGGAGAUCAUUCUGUAUUUAUCUAUUUUUUAUUUGUCUUUUGUAUUUAAAAUCUGUGUAGUAAUGGUACCAGUGAUAUUGUCUAUCUGUGUGUAUUUAAUCCUAGCAUCUCCACUUACCUCUGAUCGGCAAAGAAAAGAAAAAACUUAGAGAGCAUACCAGACUUGAAAGAUCUUAACGACAAGCACUCGUGUCUUAUAUCAAAUUGAUGCUUCAUCUGCACAUCUGUUGUGUUAGAGAUCGGUGUGUAUGGAAUGCACACAUUUGUAAUUUACCCACCAGCAUCUUUUUUGCACCAACAAAUGUGGCCCAUUCACAUGUUGCCAACUCUUAUCCUCUGGGGGAUUUUAAGCUCUUGCUGCUAGUUGGAAAUGAUUCUUUCUCUCAUUAACCUUUACUAAUUGCAUGCUACUUUGCUACUUUUUUACAUUCCAUAAACCGAAAUCAUA